UGUGCUUAGUAGACUAGUAUGGCUGAAGCAAUAUUCAUUACCUUUGUACUUCUAAUAUCAAUUAUUGGCUUGGUUUAUAAAUUAUUAACAUACCAAUAUGAUAAAUGGAAAAAACUAGGGUUACCUGGACCGAAGCCACACUUGAUAUACGGCAAUAUUCCGAAAAUGGUUAAACUGAAGCAACAUUUCAUAUUCGAUUACGAUGAUAUUUAUUAUGAGUAUAAAACCAAAUAUCGAGCUGUUGGAAUAUUUGCAUUUCGGAAUCCAGAAAUUUUAUUGUUGGAUCCGGCAUUAGCGCAUAAAGUGAUGGUAACGGAUUUUAGUAAAUUUCGGGAUAACACCGCAAGUAGAUGGAUUACAAACAAAAAAGCUGAUAAGGUAGCAGAACGAAUUCCAUUUUUCCAGAAUGGUAAUGCUUGGAAGGAAAAACGUGCUGAGAAUGUUGGAGGUGUGACAUUAAGUAAGUUGAAUCAGGCAUAUCCAAUUUGGAAAUCGACUUUGCUUAAAAUGACUAAAUACAUUGAGGAUAAUAUUAAAAAUGGUAAUGCAGUUAUAGAAACAAAAGAUUUAAGCUAUCGCUUUACAUCGAAUGUGAUGAGUGACUUCCUUUGGGGUAUCGAUGCAGGAUCUUUUACAAAUUCGGAAGGUGGAAAAACUAUGUUAACAAUGUUAAAAGAUAUGAUAAAUCAAGUUGUCUAUGCCACUAUACUCUACUACGCUUUUUCUUUUGUGCCCUUUAUUAAAAGAUUCUUCAAUAUAAGAGUUUUUCCGGAAAAGACAGAUAAAUUUUUCUCUCAACUUACAAAAGUUGCUAUCGAAAUGCGUGCAAAGGAUAAAAAUACAGAACGUGCGGAUUUCUUAAGUUAUGUCCUGCAAUUAAAGGAGAAAAAACAAUUAUCGCACGAUGAUGUGGUCGGACAUAUAAUGACGGGUAUGCUAGAUGGUUAUGAAACCACAGGGACUGUACUACAUCAUUGCCUGUUUUAUUUGGCGAAACAUCCUGAAGUACAAGAAAAGUUGAGAUCGGAAAUUAAUGACAAUUUGGCUGAAGAUGGUUUUAUUAAUUUUGAUACUUUACUUAAUUUACCAUAUCUAGAACAAUGUCUGCAAGAAACUAUACGUAUUAUAACGCCCAUACCUGUAUAUUCCCGAAUUUGUACUACAGAAACCGUACUUGAGUUUGAUAAUAAGAAGACUGUAAAUAUUAAACCAGGUAUGGUAAUGACAAUACCAAUUUAUUCCUAUCAUCAUGAUGAAGAAUUCUUUUCGGAACCAUAUACCUACAAUCCAGAACGUUUUGGUAAUGCUGAACAUAUUGAACUAACAAAGAGAGGUAUUUUUAUGCCUUAUGGAGACGGUCCAAGAAUUUGCUUAGGUAUGCGUAUGGGUCAACUGGGAGUCAAAGCAAGUCUUGUGCAAAUUCUUAAAGAAUAUCGUGUCAAAAGUUGUUCCAAAACUAUGGACGAAAAGAAACCCGAUGCAGUGGAUUUUGCUAUGGGCUUAAGUGGGGAGAUGUGGUUAGAAUAUGAAGCUUUAAAAACCCUGAAAAAUACAAAAGCUACUAAUAAAAUGAACACAAGUAAAAACGGUGACAACUAA